ACUCAGCUGGAGUCAAUCGGUCGACAUUAGUACUAUUGCCUUUAUGGGACCUUCCACGAAACUGCGCCGCAUCGGUGGUAGAACUUCGUCGAUCAUAACUGGAAAUGAACCCUAGAGCACUGGUACAUAUACGAGGCGUGGAGCACACUCGUGUUCGCAUCGCACUCAUGGAUAACUUGCCACUGACCACCAUGGCCGGGGCCGCGGCGUCGUCGUUGGAAGGAGGCGGGAGGGUGGUGGACACGUACAAGAAGGCGCUGACCACGGCGGCGUCGGUGGCCGCGUACGCCAUGCUGGUGCGCAGCAUGGCCAGGGAGCUCCUCCCCGAGGAGCUGCGCGCCGCGGUGCGCUGGGGUGCCGCGUUCGUGCGCGCCCGCCUCGGCGCCGGCGACAAGGAGCGGCACACCAUCGUCAUCCGCCGCCACUUGGACGCCGGGUACAACGAGAACCACCUCUUCGAGGCGGCGCGCGCCUACCUGGCCACCAAGAUCGACCCGACCGCCAUGCGCCGGCUCUGCCUCGCGCGCACCCGGUACAAGGAGCCCGACGGGAGCAGCAGCUGGAGCACACUCCUGUGCAUGGACGAUGGGGGCUCCACCACCGACACCUUCGACGGCGUCGAGUUCAAAUGGACGUCCAUCGAGACCGGCGGCGACGAAGGCAAGAAGGGAAAGGGCCAUCGCGCCCCACCACGCGAGACCCUCGAGCUCAGCUUUGACGCCGAGCACACGGAGGCGGCGCUCGAGCGGUACGUGCCGUUCAUCAUGUCCACGGCGGAGCAGCUGCAGCGGCGGGAUCGCGCGCUCAAGAUCUUCAUGAACGAGGGUCGCUCAUGGCACGGCAUCAACCACCAUCACCCGGCCACGUUCGACACUCUCGCCAUGGAUCCGGUACUCAAGCAGGCCGUCACCGACGACCUCGACCGUUUCCUGAAGCGGAAGGAGUACUACCGGCGGAUCGGCAAGGCUUGGAAGCGCGGGUAUCUGCUCUUCGGUCCACCUGGGACCGGCAAGUCCAGCCUGGUCGCCGCCAUGGCCAACUACCUCCGGUUCAACCUCUACGACCUCGAUCUCUCCGAGGUGCGCCUCAACUCGGCGCUUCAGAGGCUGCUUAUCGCCAUGCCCAACAAAUCCAUCCUCGUCAUCGAGGACAUCGACUGCUGCUUCGACGCCAAGUCGAGGGAGGACCGCACGAUGCCGGUGCCGGCCGACGACGGCAGUUCAUCAGACGACGACGUCCCGGAGGACAUGGCCCACCACCCGGGACCGCGCCAACAGCAGACCAUAACGCUGUCCGGGCUGCUCAACUUCAUCGACGGGCUGUGGUCGACGAGCGGCGAGGAGCGCAUCAUCAUCUUCACCACCAACUACAAGGACCGCCUCGACCCGGCGCUGCUGCGGCCGGGGCGCAUGGACAUGCACAUCUACAUGGGCCACUGCUGCUGGGAGGCGUUCAAGACGUUGGCCGUAAAUUAUCACCUCGUGGACGACCAUGCUCUGUUCCCAGAGAUACAGGAACUGCUUGCCGCGGUGGAGGUGAAGGUGACGCCGGCCGAGGUGUCCGAGAUGCUGCUGCGGAGCGAAGACGCCGACGUUGCGCUACGGGUGCUGACGGAGUUCCUCCAGGACAAGAGAAGCAAGGCAAGAAAAGAGGCAACAGAAAUCAAGAUCGGCGUAGCAGAGAAGGCAAUGUAGCAGUAGUAGUAGUAUUCAGUGUCAGUAUCCCCUUCAACGGGACCGUUUUAUUGGAGGAGUAGAUGAAGUGAUCGAGUAUGUGCGAAGGUCAUCAUUUAUGUCGGGAAUAAUCAUCAAUCGAACAAGCUGAUGUAUCUGAUUUGAGCUGUUUUGUUCUGAUUCAGAUGCUUCAGUUCU